AUGUUCGUUAGAACGAUCCCAAAACUAGUUCAAGAGAAUCUGCAACAUGAUAAAGAAGUUCAACAAUUGUAUAAUAAAGUCAAUCAUCUCGCGAAUGACAAAGAUCGUCAUCGAUUAUUUGCGGUUAUCCAAAUCGGUAACGAUCAGCGGAAAGUAACAACUGAAGAUAUCAUUUGUAAAGUUGACGAAUUUCAACCGACGAUCGGUGAUCGAAUCCGUUUCGAAAAAGUUCUUCUUGUUGGCAGUUCAGAUUUUACCGUCAUAGGACGACCGAUUCUCAGUCCACAUUUUGUGCGUGUCGAAGGAAUGGUUAUUGAAAAAACUUUAUCACAAACUCAAAUGCAUCAUUGGUAUGCACCAAAGAAGAAGAAAGUUGGACAAAGAAAUUACCUUUGGCGAGAUCCAUUGACCAUGAUACGAAUUACAAACAUUGAAAUACUUGGACCAAUUCCAGGAACAAAUUAA